AUGAACCUUCUUCGCCGAAGUGGGAAACGGCGGCGUUCAACUUCAGGCUCAGACUCCGGCUCUGGAAGCGGCGGUGACGGCAGUGACAGCCCUCAACUCCCCUUGGGUUCCGUGCUGAGCCCGCCCCCGGGCCUGGGUCGCAAUUUGAAGGGUCACGGCCGCCGGGCGGUCGCUGCUGCAGGGUCACGCAAGCAGGCACUUCCUGAGGAUCAAGUAGACAAGCUGCUAUUGGCAAAUUGGGGAAUUCCUGAAGUGGUGCUAGAGAAAUACCACAGUUUUGGUGUAAAAAAGAUGUUUGAAUGGCAGGCAGAGUGCCUUUUGCUUGGACAUGUCCUAGAAGGAAAGAAUUUAGUCUAUUCAGCUCCUACAAGUGCUGGGAAGACUCUUGUUGCGGAAUUACUUAUUUUGAAACGGGUUUUGGAAAUGAGGAAGAAAGCUUUGUUUAUCCUGCCCUUUGUCUCUGUGGCUAAGGAGAAGAAAUACUAUCUUCAGAGCCUGUUUCAGGAAGUAGGAAUAAAAGUAGAUGGUUAUAUGGGCAGUACCUCUCCGACAGGGCAUUUCUCUUCCUUGGAUAUUGCUGUCUGCACAAUUGAGAGAGCCAAUGGUCUGGUCAAUCGCCUCAUAGGGGAAAAUAAGAUGGAUCUCCUAGGAAUGGUGGUUGUGGAUGAAUUGCAUAUGCUGGGAGACUCUCACCGAGGCUAUCUGUUGGAGCUUUUGCUGACCAAGAUUUGCUAUAUUGCUCAGAAAUCAGCAUCUUGCCAGGCAGAUUUAGCCAGUCCUCAGUCUAAUGCUGUGCAGAUUGUUGGCAUGAGUGCUACUCUUCCUAAUUUGGAGCUUGUGGCUUCCUGGCUGAAUGCUGAGCUCUAUCACACCGACUUUCGCCCUGUACCACUUUUGGAAUCAGUAAAAAUUGGAAAUUCCAUAUACGACUCUUCAAUGAAGCUUGUGAGAGAAUUUCAACCCAUGCUACGGGUGAAGGGAGAUGAGGACCAUAUUGUUAGUUUAUGCUAUGAGACUAUUCAUGACAGCCACUCAGUAUUACUUUUCUGUCCAUCAAAGAAAUGGUGUGAGAAGCUGGCAGAUAUUAUUGCCCGGGAGUUUUAUAAUCUACACCAUCAAGCUGACAAAAUGGUAAAACCACCUGAACUUCCAUCAGUGAUUCUGGACCAAAAGGGCCUCCUGGAAGUGAUGGAUCAGUUAAAACAUUUGCCUUCAGGACUGGACUCUGUAUUACGAAAAACCAUCCCAUGGGGAGUAGCAUUUCAUCAUGCAGGUCUUACUUUUGAAGAGAGGGAUAUCAUUGAAGGAGCCUUCCGUCAAGGCAUCAUUCGAGUCUUAGCUGCAACUUCUACUCUUUCAUCUGGGGUGAAUUUACCUGCACGCCGUGUGAUUAUCAGGACUCCUAUAUUUAGUGGUCAAUCUCUAGAUAUUCUUACUUACAAACAGAUGGUUGGUCGUGCUGGAAGGAAAGGAGUUGACACAGUAGGUGAGAGUAUCUUAGUUUGUAAGGACUCUGAAAAGUCAAAAGGCAUAGCUCUCCUUCAAGGAUCUCUAAAACCUGUUCACAGCUGUCUACGAAGACAAGAGGGAGAGGAAGUAACUGCCAGCAUGAUAAGAGCUAUUCUGGAGAUAAUAGUUGGUGGAGUGGCAAGUACAUCACAAGACAUGCAGACUUAUGCUUCCUGCACAUUUUUGGCUGCAAGUAUGAAAGAAGGGAAGCAGAAAAAUCAGAGAAAUCAAGAUUCUGUACAACUUGAAGCAAUUGAGGCCUGUUUGACGUGGCUGCUAGAGAAUGAAUUUAUCCAAAUUAUAGAAGUUGGUGAUGGAGCAGAAGGAAAAGUUUAUCAUCCUACACAUCUUGGUUCGGCUACUCUUUCUUCUUCACUCUCUCCAAUGGAUACUUUAGAUAUUUUUGCUGACCUCCAAAGAGCAAUGAAGGGAUUUGUUUUAGAGAAUGACCUGCAUAUUGUCUAUCUGGUCACACCAAUGUUUGUGGAUUGGACUACUAUUGAUUGGUACAGAUUUUUUUGUUUAUGGGAGAAGUUGCCAACUUCUAUGAAACGUGUAGCAGAGCUAGUUGGAGUUGAAGAAGGGUUCUUGGCUCGUUGUGUGAAAGGGAAAGUAGUAGCUAGAACUGAGAGACAGCACCGGCAAAUGGCUAUCCAUAAAAGGUUUUUCACUAGUCUUGUGUUACUAGAUUUAAUCAGUGAAGUUCCCUUAAAGGAGAUUAAUCAGAAAUAUGGAUGUAAUCGUGGACAAAUUCAAUCUUUGCAACAAUCAGCUGCUGUUUAUGCAGGGAUGAUCACAGUGUUUUCCAACCGCUUGGGAUGGCACAACAUGGAACUACUACUUUCCCAAUUUCAGAAGCGUCUUACAUUUGGCAUCCAGAGGGAGCUGUGUGACCUGAUCCGAGUGUCCUUACUUAAUGCACAGCGAGCCAGAUUCCUCUAUGCUUCUGGCUUUCUCACUGUGGCAGAUCUUGCCAGAGCAAAUAUUGUUGAAGUGGAGGCUGUUCUGAAAAAUGCUGUACCUUUCAAAAGUGCCCGAAAGGCGGUGGAUGAGGAAGAGGAAGCAGUUGAAGAACGCCAGAAUAUGCAAACUAUCUGGGUGGCUGGCAGAAGAGGUUUAACUGAAAGGGAAGCAGCAGCCCUUAUAGUGGAAGAAGCCAAGAUGCUUCUGCAACAGGACUUAGUUGAAAUGGGAGUGCAGUGGAAUCCAAAUUCCCUUUUAAAUUCUGAAACACAUUCAUCGACCAGCAGCGGGUCAGAAGUUGAGGAACACACGAUCACUACCCAAACUAAGAAUUCUCGUAAAAGAUUAACAACAUCAAAGAAAAAAAGUAACAUGAUAACAAUUAGUGAUUCUUCUGUUAAGCAUUCACCAAAUACAGUGCAAGAUUUAGGUAAAAGUAGAGACCAUACAGGUUCUUCUCAUAAGCUACAGAAUGGGAAUCAAGAAUGUCAUGUACAUUCCAUUUCCAGAGCAAGAAAACGGCCUUCUUUGAACAUUAGUAGAGAGCAGUUAAGCACCUCUCUCAGGGAGGGAAAAACAGGCAUUAAGAAAGUUGUUCAGACUUUCUCAUCUGAAAAAACAAAAAAAGAAACUUUGAAUUUCAGUUCAGAUAAGUUGAGCACAACCUUCCAAUCUUGGAAACAUAGGAAGCGUCUCAAAAAAACGAGAGACAGGCCUUUAAAAGACUCUGGGAUGCAUAGAAUUGAUUUACAAGGACAGAUUAUGUCUGAUCCUAUUCAUUGUGGAGUUCCCUUAAUCUUAGAGAAGAAUAUCAAAUUUAGAAGUCCAGAGUCAUUUGCUAAAAAUGUAUCCCUCUGUGCCAAGGAAAAAUGUAUCAAAACAUCAUUUCCAUCACAAACAGAGCAAUAUUAUUCAAGGAAUAGAACAGUUACUAGUGAUAUUCUUGCAGAACAUUGUAUCACAGGAUCUGAGAGUCAAAAAGUGACUUCUCAAGCUACUAGUGUGGUUAGCAAAAAUGGAAGAGGACUAGCUGUUGUUGAUACAGAAAAAGGAAAUGAUGUGCUGAUACAACAUGAUUUGAACAAAAAGAAUGUUUAUGUGGAACACCAUGACACCCACCCAAUUCACCAGUGCCAUGAAAUGCAAUCUGAUAAACAGAUAAACACUUACACAAAACAGAGAAAAAUAAUAGAGGGACAAAUACCCCAUGAGGUGGCAAGUAAUCAUAUGAGUAGAGACUCAAAUGUUGUUAAUAUCAGAUGUGAAAAUAUAAAGUUAAAUGUAGAGGAAAAUAAGUCAAAUAAUUUUCAAGCAAUAGGAGAUAAUAUAAGUAGCACUGAGAUACCCAACAGAAUACUAACAUCAACUGGAACAUUUGGUAAAGCAGGAGGUCAUCAUGAGAAUUUUCUAAAUACCUCUCAAAAACAAGAAAAAACAGAUGCUUAUGCAGCAAACAAAACUAAAAGAAAUCAUGUUCCUGAUUUAGGAUUAGCUUUCUGUGAUUUUGAAGAUAGUUUAUACCUGGAUACUCAGUCUGAGAAAAUAAUACAACAGAUGGCUACUAAAAAUGCCAAACAAGAAGGAGCAAAGGACACCACCCUAGCAGCAGGGGUGGUGCAAGAGAGCUUAGACAAAAGUCGCUCAACUAGCUCCUUUCAGAACGAGAUUCACAUUACUUUCCCUGGUGAACAGCAUUCUGUAGGAGUGACAAAGACAGAUCAUUUGGAGUUUAAGACUGUAGAUACCAUGAAACAAAGCACUGAUUCACGUGGGAUUGAUGUACUAACUCCACAAAGUCCAAAUCUUCAUUCUCCAAUACUGUUUUGGGAAAAUGGGCCUUGUUCUAAAGGGAAUGAACUCUCUGUCACUGACUCCCAAUUAAAUAGUUUUCUUCAAGGCUAUCAAACACAAGAAAAUGUGAAACCAAUCAUACCCCUGGUUCCUCAACAGAGUACUCCCACUGGUAUUGAAUUAGAAUGCCUGGCAAUUUCAGAAACAAGUUUGAAUAUGAGUAAUAGUUUACUAUUUGACAGUUUCAGUGAAGACUACCUCGUAAAAGAGCAACCACCUGAUGUACAAGUGAAAGAACCCCUUCCCUCAGAAGGAAUGCUAAAGCAUUCCAAUAAUUCUCUGUCUCUACAACCAGAGGGCCCAACUGAAAAUUCAAAUAUGAAUGAGACCCAAGAUGCUCAGCAGCAAUUGCUCUGUUUCAGUGAUGAGUCUCUUAUGUUUUCAGAAAUGGAUUCUGUUCAGAUGGUUCAAGCCUUGGACAAUGUAGAUCUAUUUCCUAUUCAAGAGAAACACAAUACUGCACUGUCUCUUGAAGCAUUAAGACUAAGAGAUCCAGGGAUUUCAAGUAAUGGUCACCACAGUACAGAAGUCAUUGGAGGAGAUCAAGAUAAAAGGGAUCAAAAAUCCAAAUUAGCUGGUACUAUGCAAAAUAAUUCAUUCAUAUGGUCAGGGGCAUCAUUUGAUUUAAGUCCAGAAUUGCAAAGGAUUUUAGAUAAAGUAUCCAGUCCUCUAGAAAAUGAAAAUCUAAAAUCAAGAACUAUAAACCUAUCUAGUUUGAAAGGAAAAAAUGUAGAGGUAAAUAACAAACAAGAAGAGAUUUCAAAAUUGGAGACAAAUCAAAUGCAGGGAAUUUCAUUUUCCCCCAAUACUGAAGAGAAACACAAGAUUGAGGCCCUAGUGAGCAAUAUCACUCAUGGUGAAGCCUCAUCUCUCUUGCCUUGUAAUGAUGAUAAUGGUCUCAUUCCUCCGACACCCACUCCAGCAUCGGCUUCUAAGCUGGCACUUCCAGGAAUUCUUGGAACAUCUUCUGUAAAACCUCGGAAAACCAGUAAUGUUUUACAACCUGGUGAAAAUUGGCCAUUUGGUUCACCCUCAGAUAUUGAAAACCAUGAUUUAAAUGCAGAAAAUAGAAAUGGUUUCAAAGAAGACAGUCCUAUUAGAAAUACAAGUUUUUCACUGCAAUUAUCACAGGACGAAUCAUACCUAACUCCAACCUCAUGCAGUUUAGAAAAUUUGACCAUAAUUGAUGUAGCCAGUGACCAGGCUCUCUUUCAAACAUUCAUUAAGGAGUGGCAGGGCAAAAAGCGAUUUUCUGUCUCACUGGCUUGUGAGAAAAUCAGUAGUUUGACAUCUUCUAAAACUACUACUAUUGGUGGUAGGUUUAAGCAAGUUAGUUCACUUCAGGAAACUAAUAUUAGAGAUGAUGGAUUUUCUGUUAAAGACCAUGAUGACAUCUUAGUGGUUGGACUGGCAGUAUGCUGGGGUGGAAGUGAUGCCUAUUAUUUUUCAUUACAGAAGGAACAAAAACAUUCUGAAAUCAGUGCUAGUUUGGCACCACCUUCUCUGGAUCCAAGCCUGACUUUGAAAGAUAGGAUGUGGCACCUUCAAUGCUGCUUGCAAAAAGAUUCUGAUAAAGAACAUUCUGUUAUCAUCUAUGACUUCAUCCAAAGCUAUAAAAUUCUUCUUCUGUCUUGUGGUAUCUCCCUGCAACAAAAUCAUGAAGAUCCAAAGGUGGCAUGCUGGUUAUUAAAUCCAGAUUCUAAGGAGCCAACUCUUCACAGCAUAGUUACCAGCUUUCUUCCUGAUGCGCUUCCACUCCUGGAAGGAAUGGAGACCGGACAAGGGAUUCAGAGCCUGGGGGUGAAUAUUAGCACUGAGCACUCAGGGCGAUACAGAGCAUCUGUAGAGUCCAUUCUCGUCUUCAAUUCUAUGCGUCAACUGAAUUCUUUGUUGCAGAAGGAAAAUCUUCAAGGUGUUUUCCAUAAAGUAGAAAUGCCUUCUCAGUACUGCCUGGCCUUGCUAGAACUAAAUGGAAUUGGCUUCAGUACGGUGGAAUGUGAAAGUCAAAAACACAUAAUGCAAGCCAAACUGGAUGCAAUUGAGACGCAGGCCUAUCAACUUGCCGGCCAUAGUUUUUCCUUCACCAGUUCAGAUGACGUUGCUGAGGUUUUAUUUUUGGAAUUGAAGUUGCCACCAAAUGGAGAGAUGAAAAACCAAGGCAGCAAGAAAACUUUGGGCUCUACCAGAAGAGGUCGUGACAAUGGACGAAGGCUGGGAAAACAGUUCAGCACUAGUAAGGAUAUUUUAAAUAAAUUAAAGGCACUCCAUCCUUUACCUGGCUUGAUAUUAGAAUGGAGAAGAAUCAGUAAUGCUAUUACCAAAGUGGUCUUUCCCCUGCAGCGGGAAAAGCGUCUGAACCCUUUUCUUGGAAUGGAAAGAAUCUAUAUGGUAUCACAAUCACACACUGCUACAGGACGAAUUACCUUCACAGACCCAAAUAUUCAGAACGUACCAAAAGAUUUUGAGAUCAAAAUGCCAAUACAAGUAGAGGAAAGCCCACCUUCCCAAGCCCUUGGCAGAGGCCGAAUUUCUAUGAACAGAGGAGGAAAUAAAAGAGUUUGUCACCUGAACCCUGGACACCGGGCCCAGCUGGAGGAGAGAGCCUUGGACAGAGGAAUGCCAUUUUCUGUUAGCAUGCGGCAUGCCUUUGUGCCUUUCCCAGGUGGUGUAAUAUUGGGUGCUGAUUACUCUCAACUUGAACUGAGGAUCUUGGCUCAUUUAUCCCAUGAUCGUCGUCUCAUACAAGUAUUAAAUACUGGAGCUGAUGUUUUCAGGAGCAUUGCAGCAGAAUGGAAAAUGAUUGAGCCAGAGGCUGUUGGAGAUGAUCUGAGGCAACAAGCAAAGCAGAUUUGCUAUGGAAUUAUUUAUGGAAUUGGAGCUAAAUCUCUAGGAGAACAGAUGGGCAUUACAGAAAAUGAUGCUGCUUGCUAUAUUGACUCCUUCAAAUCCAGAUACACAGGGAUUAAUAAUUUCAUGAAAGAGACAGUGAAGAAUUGUAGAAGAGAUGGGUUUGUUCAGACCAUUUUGGGAAGGCGCAGAUAUUUGCCAGGAAUUAAAGACAACAACCCUUACCAUAAAGCUCACGCUGAGCGUCAGGCUAUCAACACAACAGUCCAAGGAUCGGCUGCUGAUAUUGUCAAAAUAGCCACAGUUAACAUUCAAAAGAAGUUGGAGACCUUCCACUCAACCUUCAAAUCCCAUGGCCAUCGGGAAGGAAUGCUCCAGAGUGACAGAAGAGGAUUGUUACCAAAGAGAAGACUGCAGGGGAUGUUCUGCCCAAUCCGAGGAGGCUUCUUCAUCCUUCAACUUCAUGAUGAACUCUUAUAUGAAGUGGCAGAAGAGGAUGUUGUUCAGGUAGCUCAGAUUGUCAAGUCUGAAAUGGAAAGUGCCAUCAAACUUUCUGUGAAACUGAAAGUGAAAGUAAAAAUAGGUGCCAGCUGGGGAGAGCUGAAGGACUUUGAUGUAUAA